AAACAUGAACAUGAACCUUAAUCACAGUAUGAGUACAAGAACGACAAUGACAUAUCCACUGAUAUAACCAGAGAAUAACGGUGUUUAAUUCUAUGAAGAUGAAUUCGGAAGUGAACAGAAGAAUAUUCAGUACAUAUUCAACAAAGUCAACCAGUUGUAAGAGUGUUUUAAAGAGUGGAUUUCUGAAUCUGACCGAGUGUGAUCAAAACGUUGUUUGGACAGAUCCCGCGGUCGCCGAAACACCUAAGUGGCACUUUCAUAACUUUAUACCUCCUACGAGUGACAGUGUUUUGAUGUGUGAUUAUCUUAUUCCUUUUACAGACAACAUGUUUAUUAUCAAUGUGUAUCAAUCCGCUGAAGGAGGAUGGGAUGACUAAAUAGUAUCGUGUGUUAUGAAUCCAUAUGGGACAAGAUGGCGGUGUAAGGGCAAAAACCUCCCCGCACCUGAAACAGGUCACGUAACUCCGUCGUUGUUACGGCUAAAUAGUACAGGCGAAAUUACAUCAGACAGCGGUUCGACUGACCGAUACAUAUCGGACAUGGGUACACUAAUUGACUCCGCAUGUAUGAAAAUACAAAAGAGAAUGGAACCAGUGACAAAAAGAAGUUUUAUGGAUUGUAAGAGUGCAUCAACUGUUUUACCUAUGCAUAGUGAUUUUCUAUUGAAUCAAAUAAAACAACAACAAGCGAUGGAUUCUUAUAACGAAGCUGCAUCAUAUUCUGCCCCACAUUGGGGUUAUAAUAAGAAAAUGACAGCCCGGCCUAAUAGUUGUGCCUUUCCAAAUUUUAGAAACUCUUCAAACAUAUAUAAUCCAGAGUUCAGAAACUUUCGUCAUCAGAAAACUGGAUUUCAUCCAGCAAUGACAGGUCAUUAUCUUGGACAGAGAAAUCCAAACAAAGCAUCUCACAGAUGUCAACAUUCAGAUAGGUCCAGUCAUAGACCAAGACAUUCAUUUCCAUCUGAAAGAGUCCCUAGUGAUUGUACUAAUUGGAGAAAAAUGCCAAAAGAAACUAAUUUACGAGAUGAUUGUCCAGUACAUCAAGACAGGAUAGAAAGUAAAACAGAACCUCCCCAAAAAAGUGUUACUGCUAGUCAAAAUUUUGUACAUUCCAAAAAUGUCAGUGAUCAUAAAAAUGAAACUCCGAAACCUGUGAUAAAUACGAAAUGUGCAAUGCCAAGUCAGGAAAAGUCAUAUGAAGACUCCCACAUAAAGUCUGAUCAAUCUGAAGUCCCUGCCACCACAGGCAAAGAAAAUGACAAGGGCAGCAAUGGUCAGAAAUCUGCAUCUGUCCAAUUUAUUGAUUGGUUUGAAUGUGGUCAGUCAGAGGAAAAUAGUGGAACUGAUGUUCCUCAGAGAAUUGGAUUCAGAGUCAGGACUCUGUCCUUAGACGCGGAAUCAUCCAAUGAUCCAUCUGUUGUCAACAACAAAACUCUGCAGCGAGAAGCAUCGGUUUUAAGUGAUAUAUUCCAGCCAGACGACACUGUGUUUCAUGUGACUUGCAUGUUCAAGGAAAAUGAUUCAAUGGCAGCUGAUAAAGAAAGUGGAAAUUCAACAGAGAGUCAGCCCAAUGAAUAUCAGCCUUCCCCAAAAGAUGAUUAUUGUGAUAGUAUUGUUGAAAGGUCAGAUACAGACUUUACACAGAAUACAAAAUGCGCAGAAAAGAAAAGUGAACCAUCAGACCUAGAUAAAGACUGUGCCAGAAGAAUAGUGCUUUUGCUUAGGAACAAUAAUAAAAAGGGAUGCCGUCCAUCUGCAAAGAAGCGACGACGUUCAAAGGCUAGGAAAGAAGAUCCGUCUGAAAUUCCCAGCUCUCAUCUAGAAAACCAUGCACAGAAAGUUCAAUUCCAGGAAAGAAAUUGUAAAGAAACAAAUUCUCAGAAUUCAAGUGCAACUAAAAAGUUGGGUCCCACUAAUACUGUGGCAUUUGUUCUUGGUAUCGAUUCCAACAACUCUGCCAAUCCAUUAAAACAGCAUUCCUUUCUGGUGUCAUUUGAUAGUGAGUCGGAUGAUUUUUCAGAAGAUAGUGGUGAUGACUUUUCAGAUAGUGAUGGUGUAGAUGAACUUGACUUUUUCUCCUGUCCAUUACAACUUAAUGUGAUUUGUCCUGUAAACCAAGCUGAUGCUUCUGUCUCCCCUCAGGAACAAGGUUCAUCCAAGAGUUGUGACGUAAGUGAAGAGAGACAAAAGAGAUACUGGAUGUUAACUUGAAGUGGAGCAAGAACUUUUCCAUGAGUCAUCAGGAAAAAUCAAAAACUAAGGUGACCUUUGCAGAUGACGAAAACUUGUGCACGGUAUAUGAUUUGGAGGAGGAGGACAGAAAAGGACACUGGGAGGAAUUUGUCCGUGAUCGGGAACGAUUUCAACGAAGGAUAGCAGAAGUGGAGGAGGUACUGAAGCCUGUGCUAUCCACAGAGACGAGGGACAAAAUUUACGACAAAUAUUUUAAAACAGAAUUGAAGAGUAAUCAGCAUGUGGAUGAUCAUUAAAUACUGAGUUUAUUUUAAAUACUAUGGUGAAUACCAGUACAUAAUUUCUGGGACACAUUUUUUUUUUAAUGUCGGGGCUAAUCUAUCUACGGUAAAUAUAGGAGGACUCAAGAAAUGAAGAAUAUCUAUGCAUGGUGGAUAAAGAAGAAUUUAUUUAUUGUAUGAUAGUGUUUGAAUGAAAUCACUUAUUUUGUUAGUUCCUGUCUCACAAACCUAGUGGGUAGAUACAAGUACUAGUUUAGUGGUGAUACUUGCGUAAAAUAAACAAAUAAACUCUAUUUAUUUUACAGCAAUUGCUAAACAUUUGUUACUUGAUCACUUUUGUGGCCUAGAUAGAGGGGGGAGGGGAGGGGGUCAUAAUGUGGGAAGAGUUGAAAAUCCCAGGAGAAAACCCAAGUGGUCAAGUAGGUGACCCCAUAACUCGUCACAUCUGAUUGGUGAAUUGAACUCUGGCUAUCAAGGUAAAAAGGCAUGUCAGUGUUUUAAAUGGUGGUAAGCAUUAAACCAUGCUGUUGUCUGAUUUUGGUAAUGGCAAGAGUAAAAUGGUUUGUUGAUCCCAGUAAAAUUAAUUACCAGAGGAAUGUGACCAUGGACUUUUAGUUGAAAUGUCAGGUUCAGGUAUAUAGAUGUCUGAUGAAGCAAAGUCAUGCUAGAUAUGGAAGCAAAUGGGUAGUAUUUUAAGACAUAAGAAUAUAAUGAGCACCAGAGAAAAUAUUGGGUAGUCAUGCUGUCUAGUGAGAAUAAGUGUGAUAAUUAGAUAUAA